AUGGGCACCAGAUUCGUGUGGCUGUGCCUUUUUCUGUCAGUGGCGAGUUGCGUCGGGCAAGACACUGGGGCCACAAAGGAGGAAAUCCCGGAGGGCGCAUCCACCCUGGCAUUCGUUUUUGAUGUGACUGGCUCCAUGUACGACGACCUGGUCCAGGUCAUCGAGGGUGCGUCCAAGAUUUUGGAAACGUCCCUAAGCAGACCAAACAGACCACUGUACAACUUCGCCCUGGUCCCCUUUCACGACCCAGAAAUCGGACCCGUUACCAUCACAACGGAUCCAAAGAAGUUCCAGUAUGAGCUGAGAGAGCUGUACGUCCAGGGAGGUGGGGACUGUCCGGAGAUGAGCGUCGGUGCCAUCAAGAUCGCCUUGGAGAUCUCCCUGCCGGGGUCCUUCAUUUACGUCUUCACAGAUGCCCGAUCUAAAGAUUACAAGCUGACCCACGAUGUACUGCAGCUCAUCCAGCAGAAACAGUCACAGGUGGUGUUUGUGCUAACGGGGGACUGUGAUGAUCGAACUCAUAUCGGCUAUAAGGUUUAUGAGGAGAUUGCCUCCACCAGCUCUGGACAGGUCUUCCAUCUGGACAAGAAACAGGUCAACGAGGUUCUGAAGUGGGUGGAGGAGGCGGUGCAGUCGUCCAAGGUCCACCUGCUGUCCACUGAUCACUACAGCGGGAUCAGCAACACUUGGCAGAUGCCCUUUGACCCCAGCCUGAAGGAGGUCACCGUGGCCCUCAGCGGUCCAGCACCUGACAUCGAGAUACGAAACCCCCAGGGGAAGCUGGUGGGGAAGAGCGAUGGCCUCAUUGAGCUUCUGCACAUUCCCAACUCCGCCAAGGUUGUCAACAUCAAGGACCCACAGCCUGGGAUGUGGUCUAUCAAGACUUCUAGUCAAGGAAGACACUCGGUUCGUAUCACAGGUCUCAGCACCAUUGACUUCAGGGCCGGGUUUUCCAGGAAACCCACGUUGGACUUCAAGAAAACCAUAAGUCGUCCUGUUCAAGGUAUUCCCACCCACAUUCUUCUGAACACCACUGGACUCUCCCCGCCUGCUCGUGCCGACAGGUUGGAGCUCCUGUCAAUCACGGGUGAUGUCAUAAAAACAUUGCCAAUCCGCUACUACCCCGACCGCCAGCCUUACGGCCUGUGGAACAUCACAGAGUUCGUCCCACCCAACGAGGCCUUCUUCCUGCGCGUGACAGGAUAUGACCGGGACGGUUUCCUGUUCCAGAGAGUCUCCAGUGUUUCUUUCUCCAGUAUCGUGCCUGAUGCCCCAAAGGUGGUGAUGCCAGAAACAUCUCAUGGUUACUACCUGCAAAGAGGAGCUAUCAACUGCCAGGUGGACAGCCUGAUCCCUUUCACCCUGCGCUUCACCAGAGACGGGAAACGACUCGGGGUGGAUCAACUCUUCAGGGAUUCAGGCACUGCAUCAUGGGAUAUAGCCCAGGUUACUCUGAAGGAUGAGGGCUACUACGAGUGUAUUGCUAUUAGCAAUGCUGGCACUGGACGAGCUCGCACCUUCCUCGAUGUAUCAGAGCCCCCGCCGGCCGUCACAGUCGAGGGUAACGUCACCGCCUCGCCUGGCUCCCACGCCGUCCUCACCUGCCAUGUGGUCAGCACAGUCGGCUUCAACCUCACCUGGCUCAGAGGAGGUCAAGACGCUCGCCUGGACCCACGGGCACACGCCUUCACCAACCUCUCACUGGAGCUGCGCGCUGUGACUCCGGAUCAGGCUGGCUGGUACGAGUGCAUUGCUGUCAAUGAAGGAGGGGCGACCCGGGAACGAGUCUACCUCACUGUACAAGAGGUGCCCAGGGUUUCAGUGGAGCCUUGGAACCAGACCUUCGUGACAGGACAGGAAGUGAGGAUUAGGUGCUCGGCCAGUGGCUACCCUCCGCCUCUCUUGGUCUGGACCCACAAUGACAUUUUCAUCAUGGGGUCCAGCAGACACCUGAUGAGCAAUGAUGGCACGCUGGUCAUAAGGAACGUGGACCAGAGGGAUGGGGGGGUGUACGGCUGUUUGGCCAGCAACCCGGCUGGAACUGACACAAAGACCUCCACCCUCAUUUAUAUCGAAUCUCCUGUGGUGACCGUGGCCUUGAGUCAGAUUCUCAUUGGUCUUGGAGAAACGACAGUGAUGGCUUGCUCUGCAUCUGGAAUCCCAAAACCUGAGAUCUGGUGGUACAAAGGGGAUGUCCAGCUACGUCCAUCAGCCUUUAUGGACGUCGAUGCCCUGGGUGGGACGCUGACCAUCAAGGAGACCCGAGAUGGUGAUGCUGGAGACUACACCUGUGUCGCUGUCAACUCCGCUGGCACCUCGUCAGGAAAGAUCUCUCUCAGUGUCGGAGCUGCACCCAAGUUUACACGAGAGCCAUCUGACGUGGCGGCGGACAUCGGCUCCAACCUGACCCUGCUGUGCCACACUGAGGGUUACCCCGAACCGCAGGUCACCUGGAGGAGAGAGGACGGCACGCCCCUGUUCAGACGGACCCACACACACAGCAGCAUCACACAGAGCAGGGGGGAGCUGCACAUCAGCAAUCUGUGGGUGGAGGAUGACGGAGUAUAUGUGUGUGAAGCCCAUAACCAUUUUGGCAGGAUCCAGACUCAGGCCAAGAUCACUGUGACUGGACUGGUCUCACCUGUCAUUGCGAUGAGUCCGAGCGUGCUCAAUGUGAUCGAGGACCAGCAAGUGACUCUGCCCUGUGUGCUGUUGGCUGGGAACCCGCUGCCUGAGAGACAGUGGCUGCACAACUAUGGCCUGGUGACCUCAGAUCAGUAUGUGACUGUGAGGAGGGACGGCAGUCUGCACAUUGAGAGAGUCCAGCUGGAGGAUGGAGGCGACUACACCUGCUUGGCGGAGAACGUGGUGGGGGCCAGCAACCGUACCACCAGCCUCAACGUCUAUGUGAUCCCUACCAUUCAGCAUGGCCCUCAGGUGUUCAGCACCAUUGAGGGCACACCCAUCUCUCUGCCCUGCCGUGCCAAUGGAGUGCCCACCCCUGACAUCACCUGGUCCAAGGGUGGAGAGCAGCUGAAUCUGGGUGGUCCGGCCUUCUUGCUCGAUGCUGACGGCAGCCUCCGCAUCACCUCCCCCUCUGGUAGUGAGACUGGAGAGUUCAUCUGCACAGCCACCAAUGCUGCCGGCUUUAACUCCAGGAAGGUUCAGCUCACUGUCUACGUUCGUCCCAGGUCCGGCGACGGUGUCGGGGGUCCAGACGGGUCCACAGAGCCAUUUAGUGUGUCAGUGAUUGAGGGUGAGGAUGCCACUUUGCCCUGUGAAGUCCACAGUGUCCCACCUCCCACAAUCACCUGGGCCAAGGAGAGGCAACUCAUCUCCCCCUUCUCUCCCAGGCACACUCAGCUCCCCUCUGGCUCCAUGAAGAUCUUGGAGAGCAGAGUGUCCGACAGUGGACUGUAUGUGUGUGUCGCCUCCAACAUCGCUGGCAACCUCACACAGUCUGUUCGUCUUAGUGUUUUGGUGCCGCCUAGUAUCCAGGCAGGCCCAAAGGUAAUGAAGGUGCAGCUGGGACACCCCGUGGAGCUGCCCUGUGUGGCACGAGGCGUCCCCGAGCCCACCCUCACCUGGCUGAAGGACGGUCAGCAGCACCCGGUGUCCCCUGACGGCAGCCUGGCACUGAGCCGCGUGGGACUGGAUGAUGAAGGGACCUACACCUGCGUGGCGUCCAACACCGCAGGCAGAGACGAGGCUCAGGUUCAGCUUCUGGUGCAAGUGCCCCCUGUGGUAGAAGUGCUGGAGCCCCCCUUCAACAGUCCGUUGCAAGAGAGAGUUGCAAACCAGCGCAUCGCCUUCCCCUGCCCUGCCAAAGGCCUUCCUAAGCCAGUGAUUCGGUGGUUGCGUAACGGCCAGGAGCUGACGGGUAAUGAGCCGGGCGUUUCCAUCCUGGAGGAUGGCACGCUGCUGAUCCUGGCCUCUGUGUCGCCCCUGGACAACGGAGAGUAUGUCUGCACUGCUGCCAAUGAUGCUGGAUCCACUGAGAGGAAGUACCAGCUCAAAGUGAACGUGCCCCCAGAUUUCCGUGACAAGGAAUCACCAGGCAACGUGUCAGUGGUCCUGAGCCAGCCCACCAGCUUGGUGUGUGAUGUCACAGGAAGUCCCACCCCCGUCAUCACCUGGUACAAGGAUGGCGUUCCUGUAGUUCCUAGCAGCAGUGUCCAGAUCCUUGACAAAGGGAAAACCCUGAGGCUACUGAAGGCAGCAACAGCAGAUACCGGCAGCUACACGUGUAAAGCCAUCAACAUCGCUGGCAGCACGGAGAAGGGCUUCUUCCUGGAUGUUCUGGUCCCACCUACAAUUGUAGGUACAGGCUCCCCUCAAGAUGUCUCAGCUAUUCUGAAUCAGGAGAUAAGUCUGGAGUGUAAGGUCAAAGGAGUGCCCUUUCCCACAAUCCAGUGGUACAAGGACAGAAAGCUGGUGUUUCUGGGUGAUCCGAAUCUGGAGGUGACCAACAGGGGUCAGACUCUGACGAUAAAAAGCGCCCGUUUGGGUGAUCAGGCCCGUUACCAGUGUAGCGUCACCAACGCAGCGGGCAAACAGUCCAAGGAUUUCAACCUCAGUGUCUAUGUCCCCCCCUCCAUCAAAGGUGGCAAUGUGACGACAGAGGUGACAGCCCUUCUGGACACGGUGGUAACCCUGGAGUGUGAGGCACGCGGGGUGCCGCUCCCCGCCAUCACUUGGUACCGUAACGGAGAGGCCAUCCUCUCGAACCGGCAGGCUCAGUAUGUGGAACGAGGCCAUUACCUGAAGAUCCCUCGGGCGCAGGCGUCAGACGCUGGCCAGUACACCUGCAGGGUGACCAGCGUGGCCGGGACGGCGGAGAAGAGCUACGAGCUGGACGUCUACCUGCCUCCUAGCAUUGCAGGGGGGGAUGACGGUUCCACAGAGAGGAAGGUGGUCCUCAGUAAACCUCUGACCCUGGAGUGUGAAGCCACAGGCCACCCUCCGCCCUCCCUCACCUGGCUGAAGGACGGGGUUCCUGUACGGGACGGAGAAAGUGUCCGUGUCCUCCAGCAGGGUAGGAAGAUAGAAAUCCUGUCUGCCACGGUCUCAGACUCGGGACGCUACGUCUGCGUAGCAACCAGCAUCGCCGGGGAGAAGGAGAUCAAGUAUGACGUCAGCGUUCUAGUUCCACCUUUUAUUGAUGGAGGAGAUGAGGUGACAGACAGCACGGUGGUAAUCAACAGCCCUCUGGAGCUGGAGUGUCACGCCACCGGAACGCCUGCACCUGCCAUCACGUGGUUUAAGGAUGGGAAGCCCGUCAGGCAGGGUGAAGGCGUGCGGGUGGUGGCCAGCGGGCGUCGGCUGGUCGUGUCUCGUGCUCAGGUCUCUGACACGGCUCGUUUUCAGUGUGUGGCCACAAAUGAGGCAGGAGAUCACGAGAGGGACUUCAAUGUGAUCGUCCAUGUCCCUCCAUCCAUCCGUGCCACUGGACCUGCUGAACGCUCCGUGGUCCUCCACAAGUCCAUCAGCCUGCAGUGCAUCCCCAGCGGCAUCCCUGCUCCCAGCAUCACCUGGCUCAAAGAUGGCCGCCCUGUUGACACAGCACAGGAGCACCUCAAGCUGGAGUCGGCGGGGAGAACGCUGCAGGUCACAGAGGCCAGACUAGAGGAUUCUGGGAGAUACACCUGCCUGGCCACCAAUGCAGCGGGAGAAGCCCAGCAGCAUAUUCGCCUCAGUGUCCAUGAGCCUCCUACUAUCCCCUACUCUGGAGAGAUGCUCAACCAGACCAUCCUGUCUGGCUUUUCCACCCAGCUGGAGUGCAAGGCCUCAGGCAGCCCCUUACCUGCCAUCACAUGGUACAAAGAUGGCCGUCCUCUGACGAGCGCGGCGGGGGUGACCAUGCUGAAGCGUGGCCAGGUGCUGGAGAUAGAGCGCGCCCAGUUGUCCGAUGCUGGGAUAUACCGAUGUGUGGCAGUCAACCUGGCUGGAACUGCUGAGAUAUCCCAUAGUCUGCAGGUGUACGUUCCUCCUGUGAUCUCCAGCCGCGGCGGCAUGGUGACGGUGGUGGUGAAUGAGGCUGCCAGGCUGGACUGUCAGGCCACCGGAGUCCCCCAGCCGAGCCUCACGUGGCUCAAAGACGGCAGCCCCGUCGCCAGUGUAUCCAACGGCAUUCAGGUGCUGUCUGCUGGCAGGGUGCUGUCUCUGGGCAGUGCACAGGUCAGCGACACAGGCAGGUAUACCUGUGUGGCGGUCAACGCCGGAGGGGAGCAACAGAGAGAGUACGACCUGCGGGUGUAUGUGCCCCCGAACAUCAUGGGCGAAGAGGUGAAUACCACAGUUAUGCUGGGACGUCCAGUGGAGCUGCACUGCAGGAGCGAUGCAAUCCCUCCACCAACCCUGUCCUGGCACAAAGAUGGCCGCCCACUCUUCAGGAAGCCUGGCCUGACUGUCUCAGAGGAUGGGAGCCUGCUCAAGAUUGACAGUGCCCAGGUGCAGGACUCAGGCAGGUACACCUGUGAAGCUACCAAUGUUGCUGGCAAGACAGAGAAGAACUAUAACCUCAAUGUCUGGGUUUCUCCCAGUAUCCGCGGCUCAGAGGAAGUGUCUCCACUGACAGUGAUUGAGGGAAGUCUGAUAACUCUGGUGUGCGAGUCCAGCGGCAUACCACCUCCCAGCCUCACCUGGAGGAAGGAUGGUGAGUGUGUGGAGCUCAAGUCAGACCAGCGACUCAAAAUUUUGUCAGGAGGUCGCCAGCUGCAGAUUUCGAGUGCUGAGAGGACAGACGCAGCUUCUUAUACCUGCAUAGCAUCCAGUGCAGCUGGCAGCACCUCCAAGGAGUACAACCUGCAGGUCUAUGUCCGCCCUUCCAUUAGACGCAGCGAGGGCGGAGCCGAUGAUGUCACUGUGACAAAAGGCGGGGAUAUCACCCUGCAGUGCGCUGCGGAUGGUGUGCCACGUCCGGCGGUCACAUGGCUGAAAGAUGGACGACCUAUCACAGGCCAGCACGGGGCCAAGGUUCUGAACGAGGGGAGGCUGCUGCAGAUUAAAGACGCCAAGGUGUCAGACACGGGGCGCUACACCUGUAUUGCUGUUAAUGUGGCAGGACAAGCUGACAGCAAGCAUGAUGUCAGUGUACAUGUCCCACCCAGUAUCAUCGGUCAGGUGCAGGUGCCAGAGAAUGUGAGUGUGGUUGUGAAAAACCCUGUGGCUCUAACCUGUGAGGCUUCGGGCAUACCACUUCCUGCCAUCACCUGGCUCAAGGACGGCCAGCCAGUCAAAGCCACAAGCUCAGUUCGCAUCCUCUCAGGGGGGCGGAGUCUGCGUCUGAUGCAUGCUGCCGUAGAGGAUGCUGGGCGAUAUACCUGCAUUGUGUCCAACAGCGCCGGGGAGGAGAGGAAGAACUUUGACCUCGACAUUCUUGUUCCACCGAGCAUCGUGGAUGAGGGAACUGUGCUGGAUACUAAAGUCAAGGAGAAACACAACGUUACCCUGACCUGUGAGGCCACAGGUAACCCCGUGCCAGAGAUUAAGUGGCUGAAGGAUGGGCAGCUGCUGGUACCAGACAGACGCCACCAGGUUUUGUCUCAUGGCCGUUUCCUGCAGAUCUCUGGCGCCCAGGUGGCGGACACAGGCCGGUACAGCUGCCUGGCAUCCAACAGUGCAGGGGACCGCAGCAGGCACUUCAACCUCAAUGUCCUGGUUUCUCCUACCAUUGCCGGGUCGGGUCCUGAGGGGUCUGCAGAGGAGGUGACGGUAACCCUGAGCAGCCCCACCUCUCUGCUGUGUGAAGUCCAGUCCUACCCUCCCGCCCUCAUCACCUGGCUCAAAGACGGCACGCCGUUUGAGUCCAGCCGCAACGUCCGAGUCCUUCCAGGGGGGCGAACCCUGCAGAUUCUCAAUGCUAAAGAGGAGGAUGCUGGGAGGUACACCUGCGUGGCCACUAAUGAGGCCGGAGAGACACUGAAGAACUAUGAGGUCAAAGUUUAUGUUCCCCCUCAGAUCAAUAAGAACGAUAUCCCAGGGGAGGGACUUGCCCCCAAAGAGGUCAAGAUCAAGGUCAACAACACACUGACCCUGGAGUGUGAGGCCGAGGCCAUCCCAACGCCAGCGCUGCAGUGGUACAAGGAUGGACAGAUUCUGCGGGCAAAUGACCACGUGUCCAUCACAGCCAACGGUCGAAUUGUUCAGAUCAAACACGCUCAGGUCUCGGACACCGGCCGCUACACCUGCGUAGCCACUAACAUAGCUGGGGAGGAUGAGAAGGACUUUGAUGUAAAUAUACAAGUUCCACCCAGUUUCAGCAGACCCGGAGUGGGUGAUCGCACAUCUACCCCAGGCGACGUCAGGGAUGUGAUUCUCAACAACCCAAUUUCUCUGUACUGUGAGACCAAUGCUGUGCCGCCUCCAACGCUCACCUGGUACAAAGACGGAAGACCACUGGCCUCGAAUGACAAAGUCCUCAUCCUGCCAGGUGGGCGAGUGUUACAGAUUCCCAGGGCUCAGGCUGAGGACUCUGGCAGGUACACGUGUGUGGCAGUCAACGAAGCAGGAGAAGACUCCAUUCAGUAUGAUGUCAGAGUAUUAUUGCCGCCCUCAAUCCGGGGAACAGACAGCGACCUGCCUGAUGAGGUCACGGUCCUGGUCAAUAAAACUUCCCAACUGGAAUGUCACGUGGAUGGAAACCCCGCCCCCAAGAUCACCUGGCUGAAGGACAACCAGCCAAUCAGCUCUGAUGGCCCCUACAGAAUCCUGUCCAAUGGACGGACACUACAGGUGUUGACCGCCCAGGUGUCAGACACAGGACGCUACGUGUGUGUGGCUGACAAUGUGGCUGGCAGUGCAGAGAAAUCCUUUAACCUCAAUGUUCAUGUUCCCCCCUCCAUUGUCGGGCUGAACCCUGAGAAUGUGACUGUGGUGGUAAACAACUUUGUCUCCCUGACGUGUGAAGCCACUGGUUUCCCCCCUCCCACCCUGAGCUGGCUCAAUGACAGGGGCUCUGUUCAGGCUAACACCAAUGCACUCAUCAUGCCAGGUGGUCGUACACUGCAGAUUCUGAGGGCAAAAGUGUCUGAUGGAGGAAAGUACAGCUGUGUGGCCAUGAACCCAGCAGGAGAGGCUCGCAAAAUCAUCUACCUCACCGUCUUCGUUCCUCCCAGUAUCCGGGACAGCAGUGGGGACUCCCCUGUGGUGGUGAGUGUGCGUGUCGGCAACUCGGUGACUCUGGAGUGUGAGUCCAAUGCUGUGCCCCCUCCCACCAUCACCUGGUAUAAGAACGGCAGGGCGGUGACAGAGUCGGUCAAUCUACGCAUCCUGGCAGAGGGGCAGAUGCUUGAGAUCAAAGGGUCGGAGGUGUCUGACACUGGACAAUAUGUGUGUAAGGCUACUAAUGUUGCUGGUCAGGUGGACAAGAACUUCCAUCUCAAUAUUUAUGUACCUCCAAGUAUUGACGGCCCAUCAGAGGAGAGAGUGGUGGAAACCAUCAGCAACCCGGUCACGUUUGCCUGUGAUGCCACCGGUAUCCCCCCUCCAAGCCUCACCUGGCUAAAGAAUGGACGCCCCAUCGAGAACUCAGAGUCUCUGGAGAUGCACAUCCUGUCAGGAGGCAGUAAGCUGCAGAUCGCUCGUUCGCAGCUUUCAGACAGUGGCACUUACACCUGUGUGGCCUCCAACGUGGAGGGCAAGGCACGCAAGAGCUACCACCUCACCAUACAAGUCCCUCCAAGUAUCUCCGGCUCAGACAUGCCCAGUGACGUCGGCGUCCUGCUGAAUGACAGCAUCCAGCUGGUGUGCCGGGCCCUGGGAACGCCGCCCCCGACCAUCCAGUGGUUGAAGGAUGGGGAAGUCAUCAGUACGGCCGUGAACAAGGACAUCAGGAUUAGUCCAGACGGCAGCACACUCACUGUAUCUGGAGCUCAGACCUCAGACGGUGGCAAGUACACCUGUGUAGCCACCAACACUGCAGGGGAGGAGGACAGGAUAUUCAAUCUGAAUGUGUAUGUGCCUCCUGUGAUAGAGGGCAACAGUGAGCAGGCUGAGGAGUUUGCCACCGUGCUGGACAGCUCUGUCAACAUCGAGUGUGUUGCCACAGGCUCUCCUCCGCCCCAACUCAACUGGCUGAAAAACGGCCUGCCCCUGCCAGUCUCGUCCCACGUACGCCUCCUCUCUGCUGGACAGGUGCUCCGAAUUACUCGCACCCAGGUGUCUGAUAGUGGCACGUACACCUGUGUGGCAUCAAACAGGGCAGGAGUGGACAACAGACAUUAUAACCUACAGGUGCAUGUCCCUCCCAGUUUGGACGGAGCAGGGAGCACAGAGGAUGUGACAGUGGUGCGAGGACACUUGGCUUCUCUGCUCUGUAUCGCUGAUGGGACCCCAACGCCCACCGUGUCCUGGCUCAGAGAGGGGGUGGCUUUGGUUCCUGACCCCCACCUCAGCCUCCUCAACCUGAAUACCACGGUGCAGAUCACCCAGGCCCGGAUCAAUGACACAGGACGCUACACCUGCGUAGCUAACAACACCGCUGGACAGGCCAGUCGUCACUUCAACCUCAAAGUGCUGGACCCACCGCACAUCAAUGGCUCCAGAGUGCCGGCAGAAGUAUCCGUGGUGGUGAAUCACGUCCUGGAGCUGCAGUGCGAGGCGACAGGGAUCCCUGCUCCCUCUCUGACGUGGCUGAAGGAUGGACGGCCGCUCCCCCAGACGGACAGUUUGCGCAUCCUGCGGGGAGGGGAAGUGCUCCGUGUGGCCUCUGCUCAGGUGGAGGACACAGGCAGAUACACCUGUUUGGCCAACAGCCCUGCAGGAGAUGAUGACAAGGAUUUCCUGGUUCGAGUGCAUGUUCCCCCUAACAUUGCUGGGGAGAGCACACCCCAGGACGUGUCGGUGCUCCGGAGCAGGCAGGUGACGCUGGAGUGCAAAUCCGAUGCUGUCCCUCCUCCAACCCUCACCUGGCUCAAGGACGGCCAGCCACUACAGGCCUCUGCUCGAGUGCGUAUUCUGUCCAGCGGCCGCUACCUGCAGAUCAACAUGGCCGAACUGAGUGAUGGAGCGCAGUACACCUGUGUGGCCAGCAACAUCGCCGGCAAGACCACAAGGCAGUUUAAUCUGGCUGUCAAUGUGGCCCCGACCAUCGAAGAGGGUCCCCAGACAGUGUCAGUGCACAUCGACAAGCCAGUGGUGCUGGAGUGUGUGGUCAGUGGAGUACCAGCACCUCGCGUAACCUGGAGGAAACAUGGCGUCAUAUUGGCAGGAAACAACCCCAGGUACACAUUUGCAGAGGAUGGGUCCUUACACAUCCACUCUGCCCAGGUGACAGAUACAGGCCGCUACCUGUGUAUGGCAACCAAUCAGGCCGGGACACAACGCAAGAGAGUGGACCUGCAAGUAUAUGUGCCUCCUUCCAUUGCUGGCAGUCGCACCAACGUCACUGUGACAGUGAAUGUUCAGACCACGCUGUCUUGUGAAGCCACCGGCAUCCCCAAACCCACCAUCGCAUGGACGAAAAAUGGCCGAGCCCUCAAUACUGACCAGAACCAGAAUAUGUACAGGUUGUUAUCAUCAGGCUCCCUGGUAGUCAUAGCACCAACAGUGGAGGACACAGCAGUGUAUGAGUGUGUGGUCUCUAAUGAAGCAGGGGAAGAUUCCAGAUCCAUUAACCUCACUGUCCAGGUCCCUCCGUCAAUAGCAGAUGAAUCCACAGAGCUUGUGGUGACCAAACUCUCCCCAGUGGUCAUCGGGUGUACUGCGUCUGGGGUCCCUGAACCUAUUCUCCACUGGAGCAAGGAUGGUGUGAAGCUGCCCGCAGAGGGACAAGGGUACAGCAUCCUGCCCUCAGGUCCACUAGAAAUCAUGUCAGCCGAGCUGAGUCACGCUGGACGAUAUUCCUGUGUGGCCAAGAAUGCUGCAGGCUCCGCCCACCGCCAUGUACAGCUCACGGUGCAGGAGAUCCCAGUGAUCCAGGCCCACCCGACCACCUUAGAUGUGAUCCUGAAUAAUCCCAUCACUCUGCCCUGCAGGGCCACAGGCUCACCCCGACCUACCAUCACCUGGCAGAAGGAGGGCAUCAAUAUCCCCACUACAGGUGGAGGUUUCACGGUGCUGCCUAACGGAAGCCUGCAGAUCUCCAAAGCCUCUGUCUCUGACUCGGGAACUUACAUGUGUGUGGCUCAAAACCCAGCUGGCACUGCGCUGGGCAAGACGAAACUCAGAGUGCAGGUUCCUCCAGUGAUCAGUUCAGAGACUCAGAGUUACUGGGCACCUCUGGACUCCUCUGUGACACUCCAGUGCCAAACUGAGGGCUCCCCGUCCCCCUCCGUCACCUGGCAUAAAGACGGGCAGCCGCUGAGUGAGUCGGUGCGCCAGCGGGUGCUGAGUUCAGGAUCUCUGCAGAUAGCCUUCGUCCAGCCCAGCGAUACAGGACGCUACACCUGCACUGCCGCCAACGCAGCCGGCACUGCCAGUGUGGAGAUGAGCCUCACUGUACAAAUCCCACCCUCCAUCCGUGGUGGAGAGCUGGAAGUGGCAGUGGUGGAGAACAGCCAGGCCCAGUUGGUGUGUGUGGCAGAGGGGGUCCCACAGCCCAGCCUGUCCUGGGAGAAGGAGGGUAACACAAUCAGUGAAAGCACAGGGGAGUACACCAUCCUGCCGUCUGGGGAGCUGAUCAUAGACAUCGCCCAGCCUGAUGAUGCAGGUAGCUACACCUGUGUGGCCACUAAUGCAGUGGGGCAGGACAGUCGGACCGUGACCCUCUCUGUUCACACCCACCCUGCCUUCACUGAGCUGCUGGGGGAUGUGGCCCUCAACAAGGGAGAGCGCCUCCUCCUGGCCUGUGGUGUCACUGGCAUCCCUCUGCCCAAAAUCACCUGGGCCUUCAACAACAACAUCAUCCCAGCUCACUACGACCAUGCCAACGGCCACAGUGAGCUGCUGAUAGAGAGGGUGAAUAAAGAUGAUUCUGGCACCUACUCCUGCGUGGCAGAAAACAGCGUGGGGACCAUCAAGUCAUUAGGCUUUGUCUAUGUCAAAGAGCCACCUAUCAUUGAUGGGGACCUCCACUCCAAUCGUAUUGAACCUCUGGGGGGUAAUGCCAUUCUCAACUGUGAGGUUCGGGGAGACCCUCUACCCACAAUCCAGUGGAGCAAGAACGGCAUCAACAUCCAUAUCAGCAACCGCAUCCGCCAGCUGGACAAUGGCUCUCUGGCCAUCUACGGCACAGUGAAUGAAGAUGCGGGCAACUAUAUGUGUGUGGCAACCAAUGAUGCUGGUGUGGUGGAGAGGAGUGUCACACUUACCUUACAGAGUGCUCCCACCAUCAUUGUGGAGCCAGUGGACACAGUGGUGGACGCUGGCACCACAGUGGUGUUGAACUGCCAGGCAGAGGGUGAGCCCACCCCGGUCAUAGAGUGGUCUCGCCAGGGACGACCCCUCCUGAGCAACGACCGUUUCUCCACCCUGUCCAAUGGCUCCCUCAGGGUCAGCAGUGCCCAGAAGGAGGACACAGCUGAGUAUGAAUGUGUGGCCAGGAACUUGCUUGGAUCAGUGCUGGUCAGGGUCUCUCUCACUGUGCGAGUGCAUGGGGGCUACUCAGAGUGGAUGGAGUGGGGUCCCUGCAGUGUGUCCUGCGGUGUUGGAGCCCAGAAGAGGCUGAGGCAGUGUAACAAUCCCCUACCUGCCAAUGGAGGGCGCCACUGCACAGGGUCAGACACAGAGACACGCAGUUGCCAGGGAAAGCCUUGUCCAGUGGAUGGUAACUGGUCAGAGUGGUCAUCCUGGGAGGAGUGCUCUCGUACCUGCGGCCAGGGUAACAGAACCAGGGUCCGGACCUGCAGCAACCCGCCUGCUCAGCACGGGGGCAGACCGUGUGAGGGAAAGCCGGUGGAGGUCAUCAUGUGUAGCGUCAGACCCUGUCCUGUGGCAGGUAACUGGGGAUCCUGGUUGCCGUGGAGCCCAUGCAGUGAGACCUGUGGGAAGGGCAUGCAGUCCAGAAUCCGUCUGUGUAACAACCCCCCUCCGGCAUUUGACGGGCCACAAUGCGAGGGCCCCGACACUCAAACACAAGUCUGCAAGGAGAGACCCUGUCCUGUGGAUGGGAAGUGGUCAUCAUGGGUGAGCUGGGGAGCCUGCAGUGUUUCCUGUGGGGGCGGAACCAGGCAAAGGACACGCCUCUGUGCCAGCCCUGCCCCUCAGCACGGAGGCAGACAGUGUGAGGGCAACGAUGUGCACAUUGACUUCUGUAACAGCGACCCCUGCCCUGUCCAUGGUAACUGGGGUCCUUGGAGCAGCUGGGGCAGCUGCAGCAGGACAUGUAAUGGAGGACAAAUGAGGCGCUACAGGACAUGUGACAACCCCAGACCAGCCAAUGGAGGCAGGGCGUGUGCGGGGGCAGACACACAGAUACAGAGAUGCAGCACAGCCAACUGCCCAGUUGAUGGUAACUGGGGUUCGUGGCAGCCUUGGGGAGAGUGCUCGGCUUCCUGUGGCGGCGGAGAGAGAACACGAGUCAGACUCUGUAACAGCCCGUCUCCUAGCAACGGUGGACGGCCGUGCCCAGGAGACUCCUCCCAACUGUCCAGGUGUAACACUCAGGCCUGCCCAGGUGGGCCCCAGAAGGCACGAGGCAGCAUCAUAGGCAACAUCAAUGAUGUUGAAUUUGGCAUUGCCAUCCUCAACGCCACCAUCUCAGACAGCAAAUCAGGAGGCAGAGUCAUCCAGGCCACUAUUUCUAAUGUGCCCAGGACAUUAGGCCCAGCCAUGAGGAAGCUGAUCUCCAUCCUGAACCCCAUCUACUGGACCACAGCACAGGAAGUAGGAGAGGCCGUGAAUGGCUACACACUAACAGGAGGCGUCUUCAGGCGAGAAACACAAGUGGAGUUUGCCACAGGUGAGAUCCUGAGGAUGACCCACAUUGCCAGGGGCCUGGACUCAGAUGGAGCUCUGCUGCUGGACAUUGUGGUGAACGGACACAUCCUGCUGCUGCCCUCCCAUGCUGACAUCAGCAUCAAGGACUACACAGAGGACUACAUCCAGACGGGGCCGGGCCAGCUGUACGCUCUGUCCACCCGCAUGUUCAGCAUCGACAGGGAGAGCGUUCCCUACUCCUGGAACCACACCAUCACCUACGACCUGUCUAAAGGCAAGAUGCCCUACCUGGUCGAGACGCUGCACGCCACAGCCAUCGCUGCUCACUACCACCCCCUGGAGGAGAUGUUGGAGUACAGCAUCCAAGCUAGUAUUGCCAAGGGCGACCGCAGUAACCAGUGCCCUCAUGGCUUCCGUUUAGACUCUGCUGGGCCCUAUUGUGCAGAUGAAAAUGAGUGUCAGGUUGGGAACCCCUGCUCUCACGCGUGCCACAAUGCCAUGGGAACCUACUACUGCUCCUGUCCCCAAGGGCUCACCAUCUCAGCCGACGGCAGGACGUGUCAGGAUAUUGAUGAGUGCUCGCUGGGCGGCCACAUGUGCCAUGACGGACAGGACUGUGAGAACACCAUUGGCUCAUACCGAUGUGUUAUGCGCUGUGGGCGGGGCUUCAGGAGGACGGCAGAUGGUCUCAGUUGCACAGAUGUGAAUGAGUGUCAGGAGUCCAGUCCAUGCAAUCAACACUGUCUGAACACCAUUGGUAGCUAUCGCUGCGCCUGCGAGCCGGGGUACCAGCUCAGGAACCGACGCUGCAUAGACAUAAACGAGUGCAGACAGCGGGUGUGUCGGUCAGACCAGCAAUGUAAAAACACACGUGGUGGUUACACCUGUAUUGACCUGUGUCCCAGCGGGAUGACCAAAGGUGCCAAUGGGACAUGUGUGGACAUCGAUGAGUGCAGAGAUGGCACCCAUCAAUGCAGAUACAACCAAAUCUGUGAGAAUACCAGGGGCAGCUACCACUGUACCUGCCCACGUGGCUACCGCUCCCAGGGUGUGGGACGGCCCUGCAUCGACAUAAAUGAGUGUGAGCGGCUUCCUCAGCCCUGUGCCCACCAGUGCAUCAACACUCCCGGCAGCUUCAAGUGCACCUGCCCGCCGGGGCGCCACCUGCUGGGGGAUGGCAAGUCCUGCGCUGGGCUGGAGCGGCUGCCCAGCUAUGAGAGCUAUUCGUACGGCUACCGCACCUCACAGUCCUCCCCUGACCGAAGCUCCUACCAGCGCCUGUACCACAACUUGGCCUCUCAGAGCUACCACUCCUACGGUGCCACCACAGGGGGGCGCUAUAGGGGCCGUAGUCGCAGAGAGAUUGGCACACUACCCGCACAGCAGGGCUUCUCUGGCUGUCCGCAGGGGUUUGAGGCCAGGGGUGGCGGCUGCUUAGAUAUCAAUGAGUGUGAAGGAAGGGAUGCGUGCCAGCAUGAGUGUAUGAACACACCAGGAAGCCACAGGUGUCUCUGUCCUGCUGGUUACCGCCUCAUGACCAACGGAAAAACAUGUCAAGAUAUAGACGAGUGUCUGGAGCAGAAUAUCCAGUGCGGUGCCAACAGAAUGUGCUUCAACAUGAGAGGAAGUUACCAAUGUAUUGACACACCUUGUCCACCAAACUACCAGAGAGACCCAGCCACAGGGUUCUGCCUGAAGAACUGCCCACCAAAUGACCUGGAGUGUGCUCUGAGCCCCUAUGCCCUGGAGUAUAAGCUGCUGUCCCUCCCCUUCGGCAUUGCAGCCAACCAGGACUUGAUCAGGCUUGUGGCCUACACACAAGACGGAGUCAUGCACCCCCGAACCACGUUCCUGGUGGUGGAUGAGGAUGUCACGUUACCUUUCGCCCUGCGAGAUGAGAACCUGAAGGGCGUGCUGUUCACCACACGGGCGCUACGAGAGCCCCACACUUACCGCAUGAAGGUCCGAGCCCUGUCCUACAGCGAGGACGGAGGCAUCGAGUACCAGACUACCUUCAUAGUCUACAUCGCCGUCUCCGCCUACCCCUACUGAGAGCACUUUACAUGACCUGAGACAAAGGGGCGGGGAUGAAUCGCAUCCUCUGUG